CGUCAUUACGCUGGUGUCGUGAGUUCUUCCUGUUUUGGAAAUCUCUAGGAAGCAUCGACAGUGGGGAAAGUGGCAUGCUGGGUGGAUCUAAUAACUGGUGCUACUGGGAACUGAGGAUCCAUGUUGGCUAAGCAUUGUGCUGUACUUAAAAGCCUUUACACACUGCUGAGCAUCAUGGCCCAUGUGGCUGGACAGGAAGACAGAGAGAAAACCACCGCACUCAAAGAUCUGCUCUCCAGAAUAGACCUGGACGAGCUGAUGAAGAAAGACGAGCCGCCCCUCACCUUCCCCGCCACUCUGGAGGAGUUUGAGUACGCCUUCAACCAAAAAGGCCAGCUCAGACACAUAAAGACAGGGGAAGCCUUCGUGUUCAACGCCAAGGAGGACCUACACCGCUGGAACCAGAAACGCUACGAAGCUCUCGGAGAGAUCCUCACGCAGUAUGUUUACGAGCUGUUGGAAAAAGAGUGCAGCCUGACUAAAGCAAUUGUGCCAGUGGACGCGGUGGACGAAGAGGCCAGCAGCUUCAUCUUCCACAGCGCCGACGCGCUGACCAACCCGGCCAGGCUGCUGGUGCUGAUCCAGGGCAGCGGCGUGGUGCGGGCCGGCCAGUGGGCCCGCAGACUCAUCAUCAACCAGGACCUGGACUCUGGGACGCAGAUCCCCUUCAUCACCAGAGCCAUGCAGGUAGGGGGGCGCUGGGAUCCUCACGCAGUGGACGCGGUGGACGAAGAGGCCAGCAGCUUCAUCUUCCACAGCGCCGACGCGCUGACCAACCCGGCCAGGCUGCUGGUGCUGAUCCAGGGCAGCGGCGUGGUGCGGGCCGGCCAGUGGGCCCGCAGACUCAUCAUCAACCAGGACCUGGACUCUGGGACGCAGAUCCCCUUCAUCACCAGAGCCAUGCAGGAGGGCUACGGCGUGCUGGUGCUCAACCCCAACGAGAACCACCUGGAGGUGGAGCGGCCCGGGUCCACCACCCCCCCGCCGGCCGCCACCCCGGAGCCCGCGGACGAGCCGGCGGAGAAGAGGGAGCGCAAGGACGAGAAGGAGGGCAAGAAGAAGAGGGAGUUCUACGAGAAGUACCGUAACCCCCAGCGCGAGAGGGAGACGGAGCAGACCCCCAUACGGAACCACUUCUUGGGUAUCCAGAUGUAUCCAGGAUUUCUGUCCGGUUCCACGUGA